AUGAACAAUUAUACUGGUGAAAAGGUAAUAACGAUGGGGCAAAAGGGUAACAAUUAUCAAACAAGUUUUCCCAAGCAAUGCGUGAACCAGGAAUCUCGAAGUCACAGUUUACCAGAUAGUUUAAUUGAAGAAAAUAACGAUACAACAAAUGAAAACCAUACUCAAUUUAAGCAAGACAAUGAUAGUCCAACAACAGCCAGCAACGAAUGGUUUAAGACUUGGCCAGAACGAUGUGAUAAAGUAAAAACUAACGAAAAUAGUCCAGAAUUAAUCUCAAAUGCUAGUAGCCGUAAUACUCUAUUAAUGUCUACAAAUUGUGAUAGUACUAAGAAUGUAAAUAAAACCAAAAUUACUUUUAACGAGGCUCUACAAAACAUAUCAUUAGCGUAUAGCCCCAUUACAAAACAACUACAUCUAGUAGAGAAACCACAAAAUAAUGAAAAUGUUGAAAAUGAAGUAGACAAUAAUUUUAAAUGCAAUGGAAGUGAUGAGGUAGAUUUUAUUAAAAAGGGACACAGAAGAAUACAGGCUGGAUCAUAUUCAAGCACUGUAUCAAAUUUGAGUGGGUUAAGUGAACCCUCUACAUCAGGAAGUUUAUUGGAUGCUGAGGAACGAUCAAUCUCUAGUUUAGAGGAAAAUAAUUCUAAUACAAAAAAUACAUUUUCAAAUUUUUUUAGCAGGAAUGUAUUUUCUUGGAAAAAUGGAGAAAAUUCAAAUAACAGUGUUUGGAAAUUGUUUGGGAAAAUUUCUACUGAAGAUGUAGCUCCAAUUAAUGGUGUUAUUAGUUCUGCUGCUCUUAUACAAUUAAAAAGGCCGUCAAAUUUGCCAGCCAAAGCAGACGAAGAGGAAAAACGUCAUCAAGAUGAGUACAAAGCCAUGCUGCAGGCUGCUAAAAAGAAGGAAUCCCAAAACUCUGUUGCAAAACGAAAACAACAAAAACUACAAAUGCAGCAAGAAGAACUAGCUGCAUCAGCAACUAAACAUUUUGUCACACAAGUUUUGCCAAACUGGGAAAAUAUGAGAAAAACGAAAAAGACCCGCGAUCUUUGGUGGCAAGGUCUUCCGUCGAGCGUAAGGGGUAAAGUGUGGUUUCUGGCGAUCGGCAACGAAUUGAAUAUUAGCCGGCCGUUGUACGAAAUUUGCUUGUCUCGAGCGCAAAACCGACUGAACAGUCCCGAGUCAAGUCACACGAGCUCGAACGAUCAAGAAAGCAGCAUGGACGUCAUACAACUCGACAUAUCCCGAACGUUUCCGAAUCUAUGCAUCUUCCAAGAAGGUGGACCCUACUCAGAGGUUUUGCACUCUCUGCUGGCUGCUUAUGUGUGUUAUCGCCCCGACGUGGGAUACGUGCAAGGAAUGUCGUACAUAGCGGCAAUCCUGAUAAUAAACAUGGACCAAUACGAAGCAUUCGUGUGUUUUGCAAAUCUACUCAAUCAGCCGCUUCAUUUGACCGCAUUCAGCCUCAAUCAGCCUCACAUGGACGCCUACUACGAGGCGUACAAUCAGCUGUUGCAGCUUAAUCUGCCGAAAUUGUAUUCCCAUUUCGAGGCGUCGGGGUUGACUCCCGAUUUGUACCUGUUGGAUUGGAUCUACACGAUUUUCGCCAAAGCCAUGCCCCUUGAUAUUGCCUGCAGGGUGUGGGACAUUUUCUUACGAGAUGGUUAUGAGUUUAUUUUUAAAACAGCCUUAGGUAUUCUACAUUUAAACCAAGACCGUCUUUUACGUAUGGAUUUCUUGCACGGCGCUCAGUUCCUCACCCAUUUACCGGACGAUAUGUCUUCGGAUACGCUUUUCAAAAGCAUUCAACUUGUUAGCACCAACAUGGGUAAAAUUACUUUUAGUCAAAUUGUAGAAAAAUGUAAGGCAACAAAAUCUACAACUGCGCUGGCAACAGCAACACCUUUAUCCCACAUGUCAAGCUGUCAAAACAUAACCACAAAUUAA